AUGAGUGCCAGUGCUGCAGUUAUCAGUGGUGAUAGAGGUGCUUUGAUCUCAGAUGGUCGUGUUAGGGACUAUAAUCAUGCGGAGGAUAAUGAGUACCAGCGAUUGAGAGGAUUGGCGGAAGAAGCUCGCAAGAAGAGACAACAGUUGUCUCAUGAGUCGCAGGAAGCCUAUAAGCAAGGGGAUGGUGCUCGUGCGCACCAAUUGAGUGAAAAGGCCAAGGUUCAGCAACGUUUGAUUGAUCAACAUAAUAUGGAAGCGGCAGAGUAUGUAUUUGUGCAGAAUAAUGCCGACUCCAGUAGUGAUGAGAUCGACCUACAUGGACUAUACGUUAAGGAGGCUCUAUGGAUCUUACAAAAGAGGAUUGCUGCCGGCGUAAGGAACCACGAGCCUUUUGUUAAGGUCAUUGUAGGUAAAGGUAACCAUUCGCAAGGCGGGCUAGCCAAGAUUAAACCUGCUGUAGAGGAAAUGUGUCAAGAAGCCAAUUUGAAAAACUAUUUGGACCGUAAAAACCAAGGUGUGCUAAUCGUUGAGUUAGAAAACGCCAAUCUGCCAUCGUCAUGGGGUAACGCAGAAUUCACCAGUGGUAAACCACAAGAGUCACACCAGGCCAACGUUUACCAUGCUCCUCAGCAACCUCAAUAUCAACAACAACCACAGCAACAACCACAGCAACAACCACAGCAACAACAACAACAACAACAACAGCAAGGCUCUAGCGGUGAUGGGGAUUUGCUGGUCAAGUUACUCAGACUUUUCUGUGUCUGUAUCCAAAAGAACGUAUAA